AUGAAAAGCUGGUUUGGAAUGGCCUUGCAGAGGGCAAUAGGAGAGAAUAUCGCUCUGCACAGCGCUCGAGUACAGCCGUGGCCAGCCACAGCCUCGGCAGUCUACACUUGGCUAACGGAACGCCUACUGGGCGCGGGCGGCUCCCCGCCUGUGAAGCCCGAUUCAGCUAUGUCUGAGCUCUCGGCUCUCCGCGCGUAUCACAUCGAUAACGGUCUGCCUGAUACAAUUUUUGACCUCCACGCAAAGCAUUUUCGUCGCAUGGUCGAUGGCGCUCGCCGGCUACAACCACCCCGCCGAAAACGGAUUCGAAACCCAAUUUCACGCGCCUCAAUCAUAACCCUUUCGAGUAAUAUCUCACACCUCCCUACCCAACCGCGAAGGCUCUCAGAGGCCCAGAAAAAUGACCUUAAUCUUGCCGUGGCCGCCCGCGUUGCCUUCGCCGGAUUCCUUCGGGUGGGGGAAUUUACAUACUCAGCUGCCGACCUUAGAAACACUCAAGUCUUCACUGCUACCAAGUUAACCCGCGGGGAUAUCAGGUUAUCCCCCACCAUGGACCACGUCCUCCUCACGUUAAAGAGAAGCAAGACCGACCGAAACCACGAAGGUGUCAAUAUUGUCCUUGCAGCGACAAACGAUGCUGCCUGCCCCGUUGAAGGCCUCUCUAAGCUAUUCCUCCACGACUCACAACCCACGACUGCGCCCUUAUUUACGCUCUCCUCCGCCCUUUCACCUCAUCCGCCUUCCAACGUGCGGUUAUCUCUAAGCUCAACCGCGCCGGGGAAGAUACCACGGGACUUAAGGGUCACAGCUUCAGGAAAGGGGCAGCACAACACGCCUACAACGCAGGCUUAA